AAGUAAUGGAUUCCAAAGAAUUGCUUAACUCGUCAGAUCAAGACGAAACAAGGAAAAAUGCGCUCAUCAGUACCAAAGGAGGGAUUGUGAUGGACUUUCAUCCACCCUUCAGGGGUGGAGCUACUGUACAAGCCCCUGUGUCUUCAUCUCCUCUCCCCGCGUCUUCUCAGUCGGAUUCCAAUCAGCAACCUGCUUUGGCUGACUUUUCAAAAGGAUUAGUAAACAAUGUGCCUCAGCCAGACCUUUCCAAGGCAGUGUCGCUCUCGAUGGGACUGUACAUGGGUGAAACAGACGCAAAAGUGAUGGGAAACGACCUUGGAUUUUCGCAGCAGGGCCAAAUCGGCAUCUCUUCUGGAGAAACGGACUUCAGGCUCCUGGAAGAAAGUAUUGCGAGCUUGAACAAGUCCUCAAGCCUUGCUGACGACACAAAGGGAGCAAUAUCUUCCGAGGUGUCGCUUGAGCCGGAUUUCCCAGGCAUGGCUGGCCGCAACGUCCCUUUAGAGUCAGGAACUGCAGUCCAAAGCCAGGUUGGCUCGAAUGGUGGCAACUUGAAAUUAUUCUCUGAAGACCAAAGCACCCUGGACAUUCUCCAGGAUUUAGAAUUGCCGCCGGUAUCGCCUGGCAAAGAACCCAAUGGGAGCCCGUGGAGGCUUGACCCGUUGCUAGAUGACGGUGGCUUGCUGUCCCCUAUAUCUGCAGAUGAUGCAUUUCUCCUGGAAGGAAAUCUUGGUGAAGACUGCAAGCCUCCUAUUUUAUCUGACACUAAACCUAAAAUUAAUGACCGUGGUGACCUUUUACCCAGUUCCAAAAUGCCAAUGCCUCAAGUGAAAACAGAAAAGGAAGACUUCAUUGAACUCUGUACUCCUGGCAUAAAGCAAGAAAACAUGGGCCCAAUUUAUUGUCAGGCAAACUUCUCUGGGUCUAAUCUGCUGGGUACUAAAGUCUCUGCCAUAUCUAUCCAUGGUGUCAGUACCUCUGGGGGACAGAUGUAUCACUAUGAUUUAAAUACUGCAUCGCUCUCUCAGCAGCAGGAUCAGAAACCAAUUUUUAAUAUCAUUCCGUCUCUUCCUGCCGGUUCAGAAAAUUGGAAUAGGUGCCAGGGAUCAGGGGAUGAGACGUUAGCUCCGUUGGGAACGCUCAACCUUUCUGGCAGACCUGCUUUCUCUAAUGGCUAUUCAAGCCCUGGAAUAAGAUCAGAUGUAAGCUCUUCUCCAUCCACAACCUCAGCAACGACGGGACCACCUCCCAAGCUUUGUCUUGUCUGCUCUGAUGAGGCCUCCGGGUGUCAUUAUGGUGUUCUUACUUGUGGCAGCUGCAAAGUGUUCUUCAAAAGAGCUGUGGAGGGGCAGCACAACUAUCUGUGCGCUGGGAGAAACGAUUGCAUUAUUGACAAAAUUCGGAGGAAAAACUGUCCAGCGUGCCGCUACCGGAAAUGUCUUCAAGCUGGCAUGAACCUCGAAGCUCGAAAAACAAAGAAGAAGAUAAAAGGAAUCCAGCAGACCAGCGCAACGGGAACGCGGGAUGGUUCUGAAACGCCUGGAAACAAGAGCAUCGUUCCCGCCUCCCUGCCGCAGCUGACCCCGACCCUGGUGUCCCUGCUGGAGGUGAUCGAGCCCGAGGUGCUGUACUCGGGCUACGACAGCACCCUGCCCGACUCCAGCUGGCGGAUACUCUCCACUCUCAACAUGCUGGGAGGGCGGCAAGUGGUGGCUGCGGUCAAGUGGGCUAAGGCAAUACCAGGUUUCCGAAAUUUACAUCUGGAUGACCAAAUGACCCUUCUGCAGUACUCAUGGAUGUUCCUAAUGGCUUUUGCCUUAGGAUGGAGAUCAUACAAACAAUCCAAUGGAAAUCUCCUGUGCUUUGCACCAGACCUGAUCAUUAACGAGCAGAGGAUGAAUCUACCGUGUAUGUAUGAACAGUGCAAGCAUAUGCUUAUGGUCGCUCGAGAGCUAUCGCGGCUUCAAGUCUCAUAUGAAGAGUAUCUCUGCAUGAAGACCUUGCUUCUCCUCUCUACAAUUCCUAAGGAAGGCCUGAAGAGUCAAUCUCUGUUUGAAGAAAUCCGUAUGACAUACAUUAAAGAGCUGGGAAAGGCCAUAGUGAAGAGAGAAGGGAACUCAAGCCAGAACUGGCAGCGAUUUUAUCAACUGACUAAACUGUUGGACUCUAUGCAUGAUGUGGUUGAAAAUCUUCUGAGCUUUUGCUUCCAGACAUUUUUGGAUAAAUCCAUGAGUAUUGAGUUCCCAGAAAUGUUGGCAGAAAUCAUCAGCAAUCAGAUACCAAAAUAUUCAAAUGGAAAUAUCAAGAAGCUCUUGUUUCAUCAAAAGUGACUGCCUUAAUACAAAAGGGUUGCCUUAAGAAAACGUCAAAUGAUAGCUUUUUUUUUGUAAAGAAAAAACCUACAGAACUUGUUAAUUUUGUCCUUGCAGCGGUGUUUCUUUUGUAAUUAUGCACUACAUGUGGUUUACAGAGGGCCAAGAUUUAGGCUAUAGAAGCAGCGGAUUUCUCACAUUUGGUAAAUAAUUGGGGAGAAAGGAAAGGAAAGGAAAUCUUAUUUGUCAGAAAUUAUAUCUCUCCCCUCGUGCAACAUCCAUGGAUGCAUCAAAACCACCGGUGACAAGAUCUGAGGCUGUGUUACGAACAUUCUGCUAAUUAAUUUCUGCAGUUGGCUGGAGACAAUUUUCUAGGCUUUUUUUUUUUAGUAAAGUGUUUUGGAUUUUUUUUUUUUUAAAGUUAAGGUAGCAUUUUGGUUUAUGCAUGUAACCUGAAGAAAGUUUACAAGUGUAUAUCAGAAAAGGGAAG